UCAUUAGAAUAUCUUAUGAAUAUUUCUUCUUUAUUUCCAAAGGUCUAUUUGAGCACGAGGACUGGAGCUUACGUAAUUCAUAGGCUGGGGCCUGGAGGUUAUCCAAUAGACUACAAACUUUUUCGACGUUACCUUGUUACUUGGUUGGAUAAAAUGCCUAUACAAAUAUGCAACUGGUACUUCGAAAAAUUCUAUAUUGAACCGAGAUUUAAUCAUAAGCUCUACAAUGUACCUCCAAAGUACCAUGUUUUAAGCAAAGAUCCAGUAGUGAGUGAUCACAUUUGUUCUAAACUGCUAUCUGGAUCUGUAGUCCAAAAGAAAAGAAUUGAACGGCUUACAGAGAAUGGCGUCAUUUUUGAAGGAAGCAAUGAAGAAACGGAAAUCGACUCUAUAAUUAUGGCCACAGGCUACACAUGGAAUUUCCCAUUCCUAGAGGAUGGAAUAGUCAAACAAGAAAAAAAUGGAAGAAUUAACUUAUAUAAGGUAAUGUAUCCUCCCCAAUUAAAACAUCCCACUCUGGCAAUAAUUGGAUUCCUGUUGCCUUAUGGAGCUUUGUUUCCACUCGCUGAAAUACAAUGCCGAUGGGCAGCUCAUAUCUUUGCCGGAAAAGGACAUUUACCAUCUUCAAGAAAGAUGUUAAAAGAUAUUAAAAAACAGUUUGAAGCGAAUGAGAAAAGAUUUUGCUCUAGUGACAAAAUGACUUUAAGAGUUGAUUAUUUGCAGUAUUUGGAUGACAUAGCAUCGCAGUUUGGUGUAAAUCCUAAUUUUGCUAAAUUAUUUUUUACUGACAUCAAAUUGUUUUGGAAGCUUAUUUGGGGACCAAGCGUUCCAUACCAAUACCGACUACGAGGGCCACAUAAAUGGAAUGGAGCUCGAGAUGCCAUACUAACUUGCAAAAAACGAUUAAAGGCUCCUUUAAUUCCAGAUAAAUAUGAAAAGAAAAAUUCUCAGCAGUAGUAGAAUUUAAGGAAACAGGUUUUACAUUCCUCCUUUAAUAAUAUGAUGAUGUUUAAAACAGAACCUUUGUAAGACUCCAUGUUUCUUUUAUGAGAUUUUUAUGAAUAUGGCUAAUCUGCUGAAAAAUAUUGUGCCAACAAUUGAGUAAAUUUCCUUUAAAAUAUGUUGUUUUUAAAAAAGUUUAGUAUUAUCUAUUAAAUUGUUCAAUUGCUUUUA